CCGAAGGUGCCUUUCCACCCCCCAACCCUGUCCAGACCCAAAGCAAUGCAAAAACCGGAGACAGAGAAGACAGGAGGCUAAACAUGAGAAGAUCGUGCCUGUCUCGGCCUGGGCUUGGAAACAGCUUUGCUGGGGAGUGUCUGGGCUUUCCCUCGUCCGGUGUCUGCAAAGGGGAGAGAGGAGGAGGAGGAGCCCUCGGGGGCCAGCGUCUGGACUCUGCAGAGCAGGAUGGACUUCUUGGUCCUCUUCCUGCUAUACGUCACUCUGGUGCUGCUGACCAUUCUCUUGGUCUGCCUCUAUUCCGGAAGGAAGCAAAGUUGGCCUUCAAGGACUGUCGACUGGCUGGCGCAGUUUGUGGCUUUUAUGUCUUUUUUGGCACAGGUGCUUUCUCGCGUCAUCCCCGCCCAGGUUCAUGGAGCUGCUCAGAGGGGACUUCACCGCCUCUUCCACACACGACACUGCCUGUUUGUUGCCCUGCACCUGGCUCUGGAAGUGUUGGUUUACGGCGAGUACACCUGGGAGGUGUUCGGCUAUUGCCAGGAGCUGGAGUUCGGCCUUCCCCUCCUCCUGCUUCCUUACCUGCUGCUGACUGUGAACGUGGGCUUCUUUGUUCUGUGCGCCAAGACUGACCCCGGUGCCGUAACCAAAUCCAACCAGGCGCUCUUCCUCCACGCUUACGCUUAUGAUGGGGUGAUGUUCGAGAGAGGCGCCAAGUGUGCCGUCUGCAGCACCAGGAAACCAGCCAGAUCCAAGCACUGCGGGGUCUGCCGUGCCUGCGUGCAUCGCUUCGAUCACCACUGCGUCUGGGUCAACAACUGCAUCGGGGCCUUCAACACGAGAUACUUCCUCGCCUACCUCCUCACCCUGAGUGCCAUGGCGACCGCCAUCGCGGUCGUAACGGCGGCCUUCCUCAUCCAGGUGGUCUCUCUCUCGAGCCUGAUGCUGGGGUAUUACACAGAUGACCAAGGCCAAGAGCGACCGGUCGACACCGUCUUUGUUAUUCAGCACCUCUUCUUGACUUUCCCCAGGAUGGUGUUCAUGCUGGGCUUCGUCGUCGUCCUUGCCCUCAUCCUGGGCUCUUACUUCUGCUUCGGUCUGUACCUGGUCCUGGCCAACCAGACGAGCCACGAGUGGUUUAAGUCGAGAAGGUUCAAGAGUGGGGCUUACAGAAACAUUUACUCGAGAGGGGUCUGGGGCAACCUUGUGGAAAUCGCGAAGCCCCCUGUGAGCCCCGAAGCAAAGAGAAGGUAAUGCGCGCCGGAAGCACUGACAGACCGCCCGCAUUUGCCUACAAAGUGCCCUUAGCCAGGCAGAAAAGGAAAUGACUACAGUGAUUUCAAAGCGCCCUUCCGAGAGCAGUUGUCCCUCCUGCCUUUGAGGAUUUAAUGGCCUGGAAGUGAUUCCGGCUGCUGCAGCAGCAAUCCUUAUCUGCAAGUCCUCUGCAUAUAAUCCCCAAAGGGAUGAUAAGUGAAUUAGUCGGGAGGCACGGGCUAGGCUCCCGCAAGGAGCAAUCCUGCUUAGCCUGGCAGACCCACUUAUGGGGUGGAGAAGGGGGGGCCUGUGGUUCUGUGCAAUGGUCCACGGAAGGAAGGGUUCCUUUGAGCGGGUGGUGCGUUGGCUGCAGGUGCUGAGAAGGAACUGGUUCAGGCCCCGCCUUGGGAGCUGCAGAGUGCAGAGGGACGCCUCCGACUCCCCGUCCCCAGAACGAGAAACACACAUUUUUAUAAAGAACUUUAAUUAACAAGCGGAACUGUACAACCUGAAC